AUGUCGGUUGACGAAUUGAAAAAGGUAGCUAUACAAGCUAUCGAUGAGAGAGAUGGCCAAUUAUUCGAUAUAAACCAACAACUUCAUAAAAAUCCGGAGUUACUAUUCGAGGAGCACAAAGCACAUGAUUUGUUAACAAAUUAUCUAGAAAAAGAAGGUUUUCAAGUUGAUCGCGGCCACGUUAUACCAACUGCAUUUCGUGCUACAUUUGCUCGUGGGAAAGGACCCAAAAUGUGUAUUAUUUGUGAAUAUGAUGCCUUACCUGAAAUAGGACAUGCAUGUGGUCAUAAUUUGAUUGCUGAAGCAGGAAUAGGAGCUGCAGUGGGUAUUAAAGCCGCGAUAGAAUCGAGCCAAAACGAUUUAGGACAAGUGGUGGUUUACGGAACACCAGCUGAAGAGGGCGGUGGAGGCAAGAUUACUAUGAUAAAAGAAGGCUGUUUCGAUGAUAUUGAUGUUGCUAUGAUGGUACAUCCAUGCACAUAUGAAGCUGGUUUUGCUAAUGUGCUUGCACAUAUGAGCCUAACGAUUACAUACGAAGGACAAAAUGCUCAUGCAUCGGCUUAUCCGUGGGAAGGUAUCAAUGCAUUGGAUGCAGCUGUACAGGCUUACGUCAAUAUUUCGACAAUGCGUCAACAGUUCAAACCAUCAUGGCGUAUUCAUGGGAUUAUUGCCGAUGGAGGUGUCAAACCUAAUAUCAUUCCCUCUAAGACAGUACUAGAAUAUGGCAUAAGAGCGCCUACUGAUGCUGAAAUACAAGAAUUAAGACGUAAAUGUGAACAUUGCUUUCAGAGUGCCGCCGAAGCUACUGGGUGUAGUGUCCAGAUUGUUUUCAACGAUAUCUGUGGCGAUUAUUAUGCCCCACUAUUAAAUAAUCUACAACUUGUUGAAAUGUACGAAAGAAAUGCUGAAAGUUUUGGCAUGAAAUUUCCAACCCUAAGUGACCAAAAAACUCUUCCGGCUGCAUCAACCGAUAUGGGUAACAUUUCACGAGUUGUAGCUUCUAUUCAGCCUUAUUAUACUAUUGGCAGUAGUGGAGUAAAUCACACAAUCGAAUUUGCUGAAGCAUCCGCUAGUGAAUUCGGUCAUCGACAGACUAUAAUUGCAGCAAAAUCCAUGGCUAUGACUUGCCUUGAAGUUAUGACUAACCCAGAGCUAUUAGUAAAUAUAAAAUCGGAAUUUCAUUCCAAUUCUAAGAGUUAA